AUGUCCCGCAUUUUUAAGUCGAAGUAUAUCCCUGGCGUAAAGUGUGAUCCUGCUAUUGAAAACCGUGGUCGACACGUCUAUCCUAGUCAAGUUUUAAGGGGCGGAUGCAAUCAGUUUAGUAGGAUAAGCCUCGUUGUCUCCCUUGAUCAAACCCUGCGCCAAGUUGCUUGCGCUCUUGAACAACAACUUGGAAUAAGCUUACAACACUGUCAGUUUUACCUUCAAGAUCGUGUACAGCUGAAGGGUGACUGGCCACUUUCUGCCCACUGUGUUCAACUGAAUGGACUCGUCCAAUUGUUGUUGGAAAUAAAGUCAAUGCCCACCCACGGAUCGCCUAAUGGUCUCACGAGACUCAAUGUCGUUGAUAUCCGCCUGCCAAAUGGGGAUAGCAACGAAUUUUUGGAGACCUCUUUUUCAAAUACCAAAUUAAAGCCGAAUGGAUCCCCUUCUCACCCCAGCCAGUCACUCCGUUUGAACCCAGCUCCCCUGGCAUCCUCUGGAGCUAACGGUAUUGAGUCAAACACAAACACCACCAGCUGCGACGCCCCUAGCAAUAUGAGCACUCUGCCUACAAGCCAAGAAUCAAUGUAUGUCUCCCCUAGCGCCGUCUUCGAAGCCUUCUCCAUUGCAAGUCGUGCCGUGUCGGCAGGGGAACGUGUUGUGGCCUCCAAUCCUGUUCAGACUCCCAUCGCUUCCUCUCUUGAGCAAUUCCCUUCUGGUAAUUAUUCCACCUCUCGGGGCACUAGCACUCCCUACCCGUCUACUACCGGCAGCUACCACAAUGCCCAGUAUGGAUCCAAUUACUCUAUGAUGAUGGAACGUCUCGCGGGUGGCAGUGAACUCACCUGUGGAACCGGAGGGAAGUGGACAGUCGAUAAGCAUUAUCGGCGACUGAUGGAGAUGAAUAAUAUUCCCCGUGAUCCCGGCAAGUGGAACGCCACACAAGUAAGUCACUGGCUCCGAGCAAUUUUAUGGCAAGUUAGUUUGCCUUGUAGUGAUUACGGAGUUGUAAGCAUUGGCAUGCCUCGAUGA